AUGACGGACUCUCAGUCAAACCCGACGGUCGUUAUCAUUGGCGCAGGGAUUAUUGGCCUCACUACUGCCCUCAAACUUCAAGCGCAUUUACCUCCCUCAUCAACAGACAUACUGCUGGUCGCCAAAGAAUGGCCCACGUCCAUCCCAGGCGCACCGCCCUCUCACUCUGUCGACUAUGCGUCCAUGUGGGCGGGCGCACACGUCCGCCCCAUUCCAGCUUCUACCCCACAGCUCACACGCGAAGCAGCAUGGCUGAAGACGACGUGUACUGAGUUUGCAAGGCAGGUGGAGAAGGAGCCGUCGAUUGGCGUCACGAGCACAAAAGGAGUUGAGUUUCUGGACAACCCGCCAGAAAACUAUGCGGCGCAGACAAAAGAGAGGUUCGAGACGGAGACCGGCCUCGUUGGGUACAGGAGAUAUAACGAUGAAGACCUCCCACGGGGCGCGAAGCUGGGGUACGAGUACUCUACGUACUGCAUCAACGCGCCGGUGUACUGCGCCAACUUGCUCAGAAAGUUCAUUGCGAGGGGUGGGCGGACGAUGCAAAGAGACCUCAGGACCGAGUGGGAGGCCUUCAUUUUGCGGGACGAUGUCAAGAUGAACCAAGAUGGCUCGUGGAGUUUCAUCAUUCCUCGCUUCUUCGACGGUGGAACAAUCAUGGGAGGCACUAAAGAACCGGGGAGUUGGCAUGCCGAGCCUAACGCCGCCCAACGGGCGAAACUGCUCAAGGGAGGCCACGCGCUGACAAAGUACGCCACGGACGAGGCGGUCAGAGCACCACAAGACGUCAAGGUGAUUGCCGAUGUAGUCGGUAGACGGCCCACGCGUGACGGUGGAGUGAGGAUCCAAGUUGAAGAGAAGCGACUCACUGGGACAUACGGCGAGUUGAAGACGGGCCACGUGGUUCACGCGUAUGGCGCCGGAGGGCGAGGCUUCGAGAUCAGCUGGGGCGUCGCGGAAGAAGUGAGCCAACUGGCCUCCCGGGGUUUCCAAGAUCUUGUCGGGACAAAAGCAAAGCUGUAA